AUGAAUAUUUUGCAAAUGAAUUGUUUCGUGUUUCUGUUGUGCUCGAUUUUAAUUAAUAUUUUAUUUAUUAAGCUUGCAAAAGAAUGGCCACAAUUUAUGAAAGAAUGGCUGAAAAUUGAAUGUUUGAUGGGGUAUUUUGGAACCAGGAAAACUUUGAAGAAAAACAUGGAUUUUAUUUUCACAUCUCUUACGUUAUUUACAAUAGUGGAACAUAUGCUAAUGGAAUUGUACAGAGUUAUAGAUUCCGUUGAAUGCAGCAAAACAGUAGGUGACGGUAUUCGUCACUACUAUGUAAAUGUAACUUUUCCGCACCUUUUUACUAGUCUUGUCAAUUACACCUUGUGGAAAGCUCUAAUUUUCCAUAUUUCAAACUUCCAGACAACUUUUUGUUGGACUUUCGGUGACACAUUUAUAAUUUUACUGAGUACAGCUUUUGCUACGCAAAUGAAACAAAGUAGAACCAAAGUUAAAGUUUUAGUAAAGUCUCAAAUUAAAGCAGCAACCCCAUGGAGAAAAAUAAGAGAAGAACAUUGCGGUUUGCUUAAUCUUUGUAGACUACUGGAUCAGAAAAUUUCUUAUCUAGUCUUAGUAUCCUUCUGCAGUAAUUUAUAUUUUGUUUUGGUUCAAUUAUUUAACGCAUUGAGACCAAUGAGCGACAUUUUACAAAAAGCAUACUUUUUUAUUUCCUUUGGGUUUCUAAUUUUUAGGAUUAUUUAUGUCAGUUUAAGUGCAGCGUCGAUUAAUGAUGAGAGCCGAAAACUUUUAAUAGAACUGUUACUUACUCCACCGGAAUUAUACAAUGUUGAAAUUGAAAGAUUAAUUAAUCAAAUUACUUAUAAAACGGCAGCUAUUUCUGGGAAAAGUUUUUUUAUAAUUACAAGAGGACUAAUAUUGAAAGUGAGUAAUUAG